AUGAGUGAGACCGCCGGUGGAUCCGCCGCAUCUAGCGCCGCCGCAUCUAGCGUUGCGGGAGCGGGAGCGGGUACCGAUGCACCAUCAGAGGACGUGGUCGAAGUCUCUGCAGGAGUAGACUCAGCGGCGGUGCGCCUCAAGCAGCCGGCUCCGAUCUACACGAAGAGCGGCGACGACUUCGUCGUGCCGCAGGUUACGAUCGACUCCAUCGAGUCGUUCAAGGCCAAAGACGAGUAUCAACGGGAAGGAGCUCGGGAGGACUCCUUCCUGUACAGCCUGGGAAACUACGCCGCGCCUGUGGAGAAGAGCGGGAAGUGGAUUGGUUACUACAAGUGCCAAGUUGGGAAGUGUCGGACAUCCACAAAGACCACACCUUGCCCGAAGGGUUCCAAGAGCAACGUCAACAAACACUUUCGUGAAGUCCACCAGCUGGUUGGCGCCAAGGGGGCUGUGAGAAUGGAGAACGCCCAAAACCAUCAGGGAAACAUCAGGGCAGCUAUGGGAGCGAGCAAGACCUUCGGCGUUGGCGGUAAAAGGGUAAAAGAGCUGCAGGCGGCGAAGCUUGUCGUGGAGAAGAUGCUGCCGUUUUCCUUCUUCUCGAGCGGGGGCACGUUCAAGGAGAUGAUGGCGACGGCCACAGGAACCUCGUCGUACCCAACGCUGCCUCCGCGUCGUGUCAAGCACCUCAUCACCGAGCUCUACGUCGCCACGAAAAAGGUAGUCGUGGGCAACAUGGUGCAGGAGGUGGAAAGGGCGCCGCUUCCCAUUUUGCACCACAACAUCGACAUUUGGACUGACAAAGGAUCGGGGCGGAAGUUCCUAGGGCUUCACGUGUUCUAUGUGGACGCGAACUUCGAGCUGAAGGAUGCCCUUCUCUCUAUCAAGCGCUACGCUCCUGAUCAGGGCAGCCUGGGAGACCAGAGGGCCUCCGAUGUGCUUUUCCAGAUCAUGAAGAGUGUCCUCGAGGAGUUCGGCCUCAAACCAUCGCACCUCGCCUCGGGUACUACGGACAGCGGGUCGGACGUCAAGGCCGUGAGCACCAAUUGCCUGUGGCCGAUGUACGCAGUACUGUGGUGUUGGUGUUUCUGCCACCUCAUGGUCAAGGCCGCCGAGCAGGCCUACGGCAUCCACCUCGACCCGGCGAAGUCGAAGAACCCGCAAGCGCGUGACAUCCUGAAGAAGGUGGUCAAGGUCGUCGAGAACCUCAACAAGUCCCCGAACUUCAAGGCCAAGUUCGAGGACCUCCAGGUGGACAUGUUGGGCGAGAUCUUCAAGAUGGUCAAGCACGCGCCUCAACGGUGGCUCAGUCUCACUCGCACAGUGGAGCGAACCAUCCGCUUGUGGCACGUCUUGAGGAAGCUUUACAGCGACGAGGGCAGGAACUUUCCUCUCGAAGAGGGCGACACCAAGGACGCCAUCCUCCAACUCUACUCGCUGCUGCAGCCGCUUUCCUCCAUCACGCGUGAUGGUCAGUACGGCGACGCGCCGAUGAUGGCGGAUAUCUUCAUGAAGUUCGGCAUGCUCAACACGGACGUGCUGGACCCGUCAAAGGACCUCAAGGUCUUCCAAGUCCCGCCCAUCGGAGAAGACGGCCUACCUGACCGCGGACAACAGAAGAAGCCACUGCCCUUCAAGAUGGUGCCACCAGAGCAAUUGCACGCCGCGGUCGAAAAGACGCGCGUGGAAAUGCGCCGGGCGCUCGUGUCGAGGUUCUAUGGGCGUGUGUGGGACGAGAACACCUUGGAUCCCCCUUUUUUCUGCCAUGCUGCAUGCCUCCUCACGCCGCCGUUCAGUGAAGGACUUCACGUGGCGGCGAUGAAGCUGGCAGCGGGCGAUGACGAGUACUUGCCUUCCACCUCCACCGCAACCGCCCCCACGAUGGAUGAGGAAGUGACAGCUAAGCUGGACGAGACGUGGAAGGAAAUCAAGGAGCGCGCCGUUGAAGCCGUCAAGAAAGAGCAGGCCGCGGCGAGCAGUGGUCCGGGUGCAGCUGGCGUUUUCAAACGUGCCCGCACUGCCGGGGGGGGGGGUCGUCGUAGACCGGUUGAUGGUGACGAGUUUGCGGCUUUCGGGCGCUCCGUAGGAGGUGUGGAGGAAAGCAAGCAGGGAGACGCCGUGGAGCAGGAGGUCGCGAACGAGAUCAUGCGGUACAAAGGGGUGUUUAUGACCUCAAACGACUUGCAUCCCACCGAGGUCCUGUCUUACUGGGCGACUACCGGAAGACACUCUUUUCCCGCACUGAAGCAUGUGGCGCAGCAAACAUUCGGGAGCCAGCCCUCUGCCGCUCCGGUGGAGCGAGACUUCAGCGGGUGCGGGCUUUUCUUGGUGCCUAACCGCAGCCGUGUCGAGGAAUACUGGGUGGAAAUGGUGAUGUUCCUUAACGCGAACUUCAAAUUUAUCCCCAAGUACGACAACAUCCCGAGCAUCGACUCAAAGGACAUCAGGAAGUGCCUCCCCGCAAAGUUUAAGGGAACGGACGAAGAUCUCCUGAGUGCAGAGAUGGCGCUGGACCCACUGCGAAACAACACUCCUCCCGGCGAGGAUGACACCGGCCUAUAGAUGGGUAGUCUACUUGACAUUUUAUUUUGUGAUUGAAGAGUAGCAGUGCACGAGUAGGAGUAGAAGUACAGGAGUAGGAGUAGGAUUAGGAUUACUACAAUUGGAGUGCUCUACAACUUCCUUGUCGCCUGUCACCUGUCCAGCGCUGCUAGUAUUAGUAAUAGUAAUAGUAAUAGUAAUAGUAGUAGU